CAUAAAAUUGAUCAGAAAUAGUUUUAAAACCCUCAAAAAUUCAUAUACUAAAAGUGAACAUUUAAAAAGUAAAAUUUAAAAAUUUAAUUCUUGAAUAUUUAAGUAAUUUUCAAUACCAUCCAAGUUUAAAAAAAAAUAAUAUAGAAAUAAUGUCUGUUGUACCAAUUAUGUACGAUUUCGAACGUGAAAUGGAAAAUUUUCGGAAAUCAAUGGUGUCCGUCGAUUUCGCCCGUGAAAUGGAAAAUUUCAAAAAAUUAGUGCUAGCAGACGACUCCUGGUUUAGAGGGUUUCCAUUCGACAACUUUUCAAUGAGCAGUAUAGUGCCACUUAGUUUCUUCCAUCCUCCAUUUUUCUGGAGGUAUCCAUUUCAAAAUCACAUCGAAGCUGCUCUACGAGAUACAAACGAAACGAUGACUAUUAAUAAUGAUGGUUUCCAAUUGACUUUUGACGUUAAAGAAUUCAAGCCCAACGAACUUGCUGUUAAGACAGUGAAUAAUUUUCUUGUGAUAGAAGGCAAACAUGAGGAACGUAAAGAUGAUCAUAAUUUCACAAAGAAGCACUUUUCUCGUACUUAUCUAUUACCAAAUGGCUGUAAUCCAGACAAUGUGGAUUCAACAAUUUCUUCUGAUGGAGUGCUUUGUGUAAAAAUACCACCCCCACCACCACCACGGGCUGCCAUUGAAUGUAAGGAAAGAAUGGUAAAAAUAAAGCAAACUGGGACAACUUUUCCAGCUAUUAAAGCCUAAAAUGUUUCAUAGAACAACUUCUUUCCAUAAUUUGUAUCUGAGUUAGUUCAAGAUUUUAUCCUCUAAAUAAUAAAUCUUUAUUUGUUAAUUUUAUUAAAAAUGUAUUGUUUAUGUAUAUAUUUGUAAAUACUUUCUAAAUGUACUUAAAUUAUGCAAGCAUUAAUUUGACUUUGAAGAGACAAUAAAAUAUUCUAUUUAGACUAA